AUGACGUUUGCCGAUAUUUUGGACAAUGUCGGAGGAAUGGGCCGCUUCCAAAGGAUGAUGGUUUCCUUCCUAGCCAUCCCACUGAUGAUGCUGGCCAGUCAUAACCUCCUGCAAAACUUCACAGCCGGCAUCCCGCAGCAUCACUGCCAAAUCCGCAUCGCGUCCAACGCCACUCGUCAAGGAAAUGGUACCAUGGGAAAUUUGGGAGCCCAUCAGUUCCUCAGGAUCUCCGUCCCGAUGGACGCGAACCGACAGCCUGAGCAAUGCCGGCGUUUCACGGCCCCGCAGUGGCGGUUCCUGGACCCAAAUGCGACUCUUAGCAACGAGACGGUAUUUGACACUGAAGCCUGUGAAGAUGGAUGGACUUACGACCGGAGCUUGUUCAGCAACACGAUUGUCAGUGAGUGGAAUCUAGUGUGCGAAUCUCGGUCCCUGAGACAAAUGGCACAAUCUCUUUACAUGGCUGGCGUCUUGAUUGGAUCGCUCCUAAUCGGAAAUCUCUCGGACAGGUUUGGCAGGAAAUCCCUGAUUGUUUGGUGCUAUCUGCAGAUGGGGGUGGCCGGAGCUGGCACGGCCUUUGCGCCCAACUUCACCAUCUAUUGCAUCCUCCGUUUCCUGUGUGGCAUGGCGAUGUCCGGCAUUUCCCUCAAUUCAGUUUCUCUCUGCAUGGAGUGGAUUCCCAGCAAAUACCGGGCCAUCGUUGGCACGACCAAUGGUUACAGCUACACAACUGGGCAGUUCAUCCUGGCUGGCGUGGCGUAUCUCAUCCGCGACUGGCGCUGGCUGCAGCUGGCUGUCUCCCUCCCUUUCUUCAUCUUCUUCCUCUACUCCUGGUUUUUCGUCGAAUCCGCCCGGUGGCUGGCCAUUUCGGGGAACCACGAGAAGGCAACGCAGGGGCUGAAAAAAGCUGCCUGGAUUAACGGGAAGAAGGAAGAAGGGAAUAAACUCAGUGUGGAGGUUUUGAGAGGCAGCAUGCAGGCAGAGGGUUCUCCCAUCAAAUCCAGACACAGUAUGGCCGACCUGGUGCGCACGCCGGGCAUGCGUAAAAUUUCCUUUGGCGUCAGCUUCUUCUGGUUUGCCACCAGCUUCGCUUAUUAUGGGCUGGCCAUGGACCUGCAGAAUUUCAAUUUCAACAUCUACCUGGCCCAGCUGGUGUUUGGCGUCGUCGACAUCCCUUCCAAGUUCAUCUCGGUGAUCACCAUCAUGUACGUGGGCCGACGGUUCUCCCAAGCCCUCUCGCUGAUCAUGGCCGGCGUGUGCAUCUUAGCCAACAUCUUUGUGCCGCAAGAUUUGAGCACUCUGAGGAUGAUUUUUGCCGUGGUUGGCAAGGGAUCUUUGGCUGCUUCUUUCAAUUGUGCCUACAUCUUUUCUGGAGAGCUUUUCCCAACCAUAAUCAGGUGA